CGAAAAAUGGCUAUAGUUUAGACGUUUUCACUAAGUUUACCUUCAUGGGAAAAAUAGCGUUGUCAACAUGAAAGUAUCGUUUAUAAUUUUAGCCAUCUUGGUAUUAUUAGUCGUAAUUCACAAGACGGAGGGAAUAAGGGAGAACCACAGCGGAAGCAAAAGCCAGCGACAAGGACAAAAUAAUGCCGCUGCCUUUUGGAAAAGAAGUUCAUUGCAUAAAUCAGAACAACACAAAAGGCUCAAGGAGGCGACGAAACAUAAAAUGAACGAUGUGGCCCAAAGUAAAAGACAGUUUGUGCCCGGAUUACCAUGUCUUAAUUGUCCAUUUCCACAUAUUCACAGAAUUAUUGUACAUCAUCACCCAGCUCAUUCCACUUGUGAGCCAACUCCAUGCCAAAAUGGCGGCACGUGUACUGUUGUCGCUCACGGAUAUGAAUGUACCUGCUCACCAGGAUUUAUGGGAACGCAUUGUGAACUGCGAAGUCAGUGUGAGCCCAGCCCUUGCAAAAACGGAGGCACUUGCUAUGACGUAGGACAAGGUUACGAAUGCACAUGCGCUAAAGGAUACCGAGGAGAGAACUGCGAAGAACAGAACAAAUGUCAUCCAAAUCCGUGCAGAAAUGGAGGCACAUGCACGGGUAUCAAUGAAGGAGAAGGAUUUGAAUGUACAUGUAGAGAGGGUUACAAGGGAAAGAACUGCGAAGAAAUCAAUCUCUGUCUUCCAAAUCCCUGCAAAAAUGGUGCAACAUGCACAGAAAGAACUGGAGGGCGAUACGAAUGUACUUGUCCUAUUGGAUACAAAGGUGUAACGUGUGAAGAAAGGAGCAUUUGUUUCUCCAAUCCCUGUAUGAAUGGAGGAACCUGUCUUGAUGAGACAUACGGAUAUAGGUGCAGUUGCAGGGUCGGCUACAGUGGCAUCAACUGUCAGCAUCACGUCUGUAAACCUAAUCCUUGUCACAAUGGCGGUUCUUGUUUGGAAGAGGGAUCCUCUUACCGAUGCGUUUGUCAAGUUGGUAACCAUGGAGACAGAUGUGAAUUAAUGAGUGCCUGUUUAUCACACCCUUGUCUCCACGGAGGAACCUGCGUGGAUACAUAUUUUCUACACAACAAUGGGGAAUCAAAUAUGUACGCCGGUCCCUCUUUCGCAGACUAUUCACAGAAUGGAAUGUCAUACAUUUGCAAGUGUGUUUCUCCUUUCUCUGGGCAUAACUGCGAGGAUGAUAGUUGUCGAUAUUGCAGUCCAAACGCAGAAUGCAUUUUGGGCCAUUGUGUUUGCAGCGAGGGUUAUCAUGGAGACGGAAAAACAUGCAAGAAAAAUGUUUGUCAUCCUAAUCCUUGUAAAAACGGUGGAGGCUGUCUUCCAACUGACUCAUCUUAUGACUGUGAAUGCACGUUGGGAUGGACUGGACCACACUGUGAAACUCGACAAUACUGCGUUCCAAAUCCUUGCAAAAACGGUGGAACCUGCAUCCCUGAAGAAAAUGGUUACAGGUGCAGCUGCCUCAGUAAUUUUGAAGGAAAUGACUGCGAAAAGGCAAAUCCUUGCUCCCCGAACCCAUGCCAAAACUCUGGUACAUGUAAAGAAAUGAAUGGGGUGGCAACUUGUGAAUGCACUCCACAAUACGAAGGGAAUUUCUGUAACAUUGACAAAUGUGCCAAAUGUGACUCGCAUGCUCGCUGUGAUAAUGGGAACUGUGUUUGCAUGGAGGGAUGGGUUGGUGAUGGACAAACAUGCACACCCAAAGGAGGCCCACCCGGUUCACGCUCCAAUCCAUGCGAUCCGAAUCCUUGUCAAAACGGCGGCCAGUGUGUUGAUCAAGAUAAUUCUUAUAAGUGUUUAUGCCAAGAGGGCUUCUCAGGCACAAACUGUGAGUUAGGAUUGAGGAACAACCCGUGUGAUGCAAAUCCAUGUCAAAAUGGGGGACAGUGCACAGCUGUAGACGGAAAACCUGUCUGUACUUGCCCUGAGGAGUUUGAAGGAGAAUUUUGCGAAAAGCCUAAAGGUGGUAAUCCUGUGGUUCCCGGGGGUCCUGGGACACCAGGCGGUUUAAAGUCUGCUUGUCACCCAAAUCCUUGCAUGAAUGGAGGAACGUGUACGGAGAAUGGAGGUGGCUAUGACUGUGCCUGCGUCACUCAAUACAGCGGACCUAAUUGUGAAAUUGACGAAUGUGAAAAGUGUGACAUAGACGCGAUCUGCGUUAAUGGCCAUUGUAAAUGCAAACAUGGAUAUUAUGGCAAUGGGUACCAAUGCGAAAAAGAAAAAGAUACUCAGUGUCAGGGAUGCAGUCCAUUCGCUCAAUGCCAAAAUGGCAUUUGCGUCUGCAUUGAACCCUACCAUGGGAAUGGAUAUAAUUGCAGAGCUGUCAAUCAGUGCAACAACUGCCCUCUACCGAGCACGUGUGUUCAAGGAACCUGCCUGCCUCCUUCAGCUGGGAAAAAAUUUGUCUUCGUUGAUGCCGUCUCUGAACAAAUAACAUGUAAUAUGUUUUACUUUAAACUUCUAGCUGUAUACCAACUAUUCUGCCUUUGUUGCAAUCCAAGCCUUCUUGUUGUUGGUAAACGGCAGAGUGUAACCCUCAAGGAGACCAAAGCCCAUGAAGUUGAAAGCAAAGUCCACAAAGUCAACGUUGGAGGGGCAAAUAACGACAGCUUUACUGCUAAAGAGGACAGUAUUAUUGCAAAUUCCACAUCAACGAAGGCAGUAAAAGACGAGAGUGGAAGUCGAAGAUAUUUUUUCCCACACCCUUUGAAUGUAAUACCGCCGCCAUUCGCAAAUCAUCACAUUCACCUGGUACCAAAGCCGUACCCUGUUGUGUCCGUUCAGUACGUCCCAAGGCCAUAUCCUGUACCAUACCCAGUAGCGCCUCAUGUCCACGUCUCCCAUCUUCAUCUUCGCCCCAAAUACCACCUAAAUCCGUGCCAAAAUGGAGGGAUUUUCGUAAAGCUACCCCAUGAAUACUUCUGUAUUUGUCAAAAAGAAUUUCGGGGCAAGAACUGUGAAGAUAGAAAUUACUGCGCUUCAAGCCCUUGUAAGAAUGGAGCUACAUGUACUGAGAUUUCUGGCGCAUUUAAGUGCAGUUGUCCUCAUGGAUUUCUCGGGGUGGUAUGUGAAGAGCCUAAUCCUUGUCACCCAAACCCUUGUAAAAAUUCGGGGGUAUGCACUAGAUCGGAUUCUGAAGAAAAGUUCUCCUGUAUCUGUCAAGAAGGAUUUAAAGGAAUACAUUGUGACUCCAUAAACAAGUGUGAUCCAAAUCCUUGCAAAAAUGGUGCAACUUGUCAGCAGACUGCUGGUGAUAAUUACAUCUGUAUUUGUCCUCCAUCUUUCAAAGGAACUCUAUGCACAGAAACAAAGCAAUGCUAUACCAACCCUUGUCUUAAUGCCGGAACCUGCCACGAGGAUGGGUUUGGAUAUAACUGCACUUGUAGACUGGGAUACACCGGAAGCAACUGUGAAAGUCAUGUGUGUCACCCCAACCCUUGCUUGCAUGGUGGUCACUGCAGGGUAUCUUUUGGACAUUCCAAGUGUUUUUGUCCUCCUCUGUUUAAAGGAAAUAAGUGUGAAAUUCCUCAUCCAUGUUAUACCCGACCGUGUUUAAAUGACGGUAUCUGCAUCGACUCUUAUAGCGGUUACAACACGUAUCCUGAAAAUUGGAAUCAUGGCCACCUACAUUACCUAUGUAUUUGUCGCUCGGGCUAUACUGGGUCAAACUGUGAAGUGGACAUCUGUAAGCAUUGCGACAUAAACGCAAAAUGUAUAAAUCAGACUUGUCUUUGCGUCGAAGGAUAUUAUGGCGAUGGCUUUACCUGCAAAAAAAUUCCGCAUCCUUGUCAUCCAAAUCCUUGUAAAAAUGAAGCUAAAUGCAAAGAGCUUGGUGCUGGAGAAUAUGACUGCGAGUGUCCUCCAGGAACAAGUGGCAAGCACUGCGAAGAAAAGGAUGCCUGUACCCCCAAUCCUUGCAAAAAUAAUGGCAAAUGUAUUCAAACUCAAGAAGGCGGCUUUAAAUGCGUUUGCGAGAAUGGAUACACUGGUACAAACUGCGAACUUCCUAUUGAUGGGUGCCAAAGUGAUCCGUGUCAGAACGGAGGAACUUGUCAAAGUGAAAACGGAAAGGUGGUUUGCAAGUGUAAAGGCAAGUUUACUGGACCAACUUGUCAAGAAUGUGGAUGUCCAAAAGGAAACCCCUCGGCAAAUCCUCCUCUUUUCGCACAGAAAUGUGACGCCGAGGGUGAUUGCUACUGUGAAGAUGGAUUGGAUCUAAGAGACGACGGAUGCGCUAAAGGAAGAACAAAUAAUCCCUGCCUAUCCAACCCCUGUCAGAAUGGAGGAACUUGUGAGGAUAUCAAUAGUAACACAGCAUACAAGUGUCACUGUCCAGAGGGAUACACAGGAACCAAUUGUGAAAAGGCGAUUUGCUCACCCGGUUAUUGUCUGAAUGGUGGAAUCUGCAAACCUGUUGGGAAUACGCCAACCUGUAUUUGCCAGCCUGGCUACACGGGACUAAGAUGUGAAAAAACACCACCUAUCAAGCCCAAGGACUACUGUCACCCUAAUCCCUGCUUAAACAGCGGUAGUUGUGUUCAGGUUGUCGGAGGAUAUGACUGUCACUGCGAUGAGCAAUAUACAGGGGCCCAUUGUGAAGUUGAUAAGUGCGCCAAGUGUGAUGUGCACGCCUUGUGCGUCAGAGGCCGUUGCAAGUGUAUGCCUGGUUACAUAGGAACAGGGUAUCAAUGUGUAAAAGCUCGUCACAAGCGCUGCCCGACAAUAUGUCCAGUCUAUUCAACGUGUUUACAAGGAGCUUGUCAAUGUCUACCGGGCUAUCAGAUGCAAGGAAACACCUGCAUACGUGUGACAGUUUACGCUAUACACAACGGUGAAAAUGAAGAGGAAGAGGAGGAGGAGGAGGAAGAAGAAGGAGAGGAAGUCGAACCUACUCCUCCAAUUCCUAGUACAAUUAACCCGACACAACCAUCCUCAGCGCCAGUUCCGGUACCAUCCCCACAGCCGCCUGCUACAACUCCAGUUCCACUACCACCGCAACCAUCCCCACCUCCCCCUGUUCCUCCACCGCAACCAUCGCCACCACCCCCUGUUCCUCCACCGCAACCAUCCCCACCUCCCCCUGUUCCUCCACCGCAACCAUCGCCACCUCCUCCCGUUCCUCUCCCGCAGCCAUCCCCACCUCCCCCUGUCCCACCACCACAACCAUCCUCUCCUCCCCCCGUUCCUCCACCAGUACCAUCUGCACCACCACCUGUUCCCCAGCCUUCCGCAGCUCCACCGCCGGUCGCACCUGCUCUUCCACCGGCACCCGGUCCACCACCUCCAAUCAGCAGUCCAUCUGCUGCUGCUCCACCCUCUCCGACAUCUUAUGGGCCGCCUUCCAUGGAUUAUCCUCAGUAUUCUGACUAUCCUGUAAACUAUCGUUACCCACCAUAUUACAGGUCGAAUUACAGACCAUAUUACAGGUCGAAUUACAGACCAUAUUACAGGGCUCUGUAUGGUUAUUAACAUGUUGAAAAGAAUGGUUGUAUUUGAGGAAACUAUUUUUCUUGAUUGAAAAUUUCGUUUUACUAUUUCAUAUUCUUACUAUUUCCUUUGUACGUGAUUGAU